UCCUCCAAAGUUUCAAUCCCACACAAAACGCAAAAAAAAAAAAAAAAGAAAAGUCUUAACCUUGGAAGCCAAUUAAGCGUUUCUUCAACUUUUUCACAAACCCUUUUGCCUAAUUAUCUGAUUUGUGAGUUCCUAUCACAAAAACAUUUUCCAAAUAUUGGAGUAGAAAGAAAAAGGGAAGAUGUCAGUUUUGCCUGGAAAUUCUCAAAUUUUGUACAGAGAAAUCUACCAACAACAACAGCUUUGGAACAAUGGGAGCUGUUUAUUGUUGCAAAAAAAUUGUGGGUAUUUUGGGUUUGAUAGGAGUAAUAGAAAAUGGAAGAAGAAUAUUGUUAGGAGAGAUUGGAGAGUAGAAUCUUUUUGGCCUGAUUUGUCAAGACCAAGCACGGUUGAGAUGGAACCUAUUAACGACUGUGAUCAGCUUGAUCAGAUUCUGCUUCGUUCUCAAGAGCUCUCCCGGCCUAUUCUCAUUGACUGGAUGGCUGCUUGGUGCCGGAAAUGCAUCUAUUUGAAGCCAAAGUUAGAGAAAUUAGCAGCUGAGUUUGAUACCAAAAUCAAAUUUUAUUAUGUGGAUGUCAACAAGGUACCACAAGUUCUAGUGAAGCGGGGAAACAUCUCUAAAAUGCCAACAAUUCAGGUAUGGAAGGAUGGAGAGAUGAAAGAAGAAGUAAUUGGAGGGCACAAGGCAUGGCUUGUGAUUGAAGAAGUGAGACAAAUGAUCAAAAAAUUUGUCUGAUAAAAACUACUGGGAAGUGGAAACUAUCACUCUUUUCUGUACAAUUAGCCCUUUUUUUCCCCUCUACUAUGCCAUGAUAAUGAUUAUACUCUCACUUCCUAUACAAAAAGUCAUAUUUGUACAGUAAAAGUAAUUCCAUUAAUCAGUGUUGGUGCAUCAAGCUAAAGAUGCAAUUUAAUUUGAUGAAAUUAUCAUGGCCAUCAUGCACUGAUUCAGUGUAGAUGUAUGAAGCAAUAUUGAAAUUCAUAUUGCUUGUCUGCUGGUACCAGAGUCUGAAUUCUGAUAAACUUUGAAUGCUGUCGGUCAUACAUCCAAAACAAAAUUAUUUUUUUAAUACUAGGGAUGGGAGAUUUGAAUCCUAUGCUUUGAAUAUUAUAUUUACAUUAAUUAUUGAAUCAAAUGCAGAGU